AUGGCCGCGAUGGCCGCCACCACUGAGCUCUCCCGCCACGCCACGUUCACGAGCAAGGGCGCGCCCGACUACCUCGCCUACGUCAACGGCGCCUGGACCCGCGACGCCAGCCAGCCGUACCGCAACGGGAAGCCCAUCUACUUCCGGCGGCCGAGCGCGGGCGACACAUUGUGGCCCGCCGGCAUCGCCGCGCUCACGCUGCACGCCGCCGAGGACGGCGAGAGCUGGUGCAUCGCCGACAGCGCCGGCAGCACCCUCGCCGUCGCCCGCUCGGACGCGGGCCACCCAAACACGGUCGACCCGGCAGAGUGGCGGCUGCGCGGUGGCGGGCUCGACGCAGAGUACCUGCGGCACGAGGCCUUCUCGCUGCAGACCGAGGGGCCAAACACGGAGGCGGAGCCCUUUCUGCUCGAGGAGCUCGGGCGGGACUACUUUGUGCGCGUGCAGCUCAAGUCGCGCCGCAUCCUCUGGUUUGUCGACCCGGGGACGGGCGGCGUCUGCCACACCGCGGCCAACAAGUGCAUCUCGGCAAACAACUUCCAGUCGCAGCACAUCCUGCAGGUCCACCGCCCGGGCCGCACGACCGGCCUGACCAUCCUCGCCGGCCCCGGCGGCUCGGACGCGUCCCUGUCGUGGGAGCCGCCCUCAUCCGAUGGGGGCUUCAAGAUCGUCGCCUACCGCGUGGCCGUCUCGGCGGACGGGGGGGCGUCGUGGGCGACGCUGCGCGACGUGCCGACGCACGAGCUCUCCCCCUCCACGCUGCUGCCCGGCCAGCUCUGCGCCACCGUCUCGCUCGAGCAGCAGCACCUGCCGUGCGCGUCGGCGCUCGGCCUCGGCCCCUCCGCGCCGCUCCUCUCCGCGCUGGCAAAGAUGACGCGCUCGCUCUCAAUCGAGCUGUCGGCAAUGGUCGACUCGGCGGAGGGCGGCGGCGAGCCGAGCCUCUCCCCCUCGGACCUCUCCGCCGCGCGGAGCGACCUGUCGCCGCUCUCGGCCACGCGGACGGACCUCGCCUUCUCCGACUCGGACGAGGCGGAGAGCGGCCGGCUGCCCGCCGACGACGAGAUGCCGCCCGCAUUCUGCCUGGCCGACUUGUGCAACCCCCCUUUAGCGGCCUCUCCCCGACCCUCCUACUGAGGCGUCGAGCUCAGAUGCGACCAAGGUCCAGGGCUACAGCGGGGGCGGCCCCCGGUAGUAUCCAUGUGACCCCUCUAUUUUGGACUAUUGCAUAUCCAUAUCGUGCGCCCCGCUCUCUGUGGCAAGUGUGUGGCUCGUCCCAGAGCACGUCACCCUUGAAGAGCUCAGAAGUCACGCGGCGCACACUUCUCCGCGGCACAAAGAAUAGCUCAUCCCCUCGGACGCAGAACUUCGCGUCACCUCAACACCUCGUCUGUCUCUCUCUUGCUCUACCGCGUACCGCUGCCGGAAGCGGAACU